AAAACGUGCUUUUCCAUACUUCCAUGGUUAUCAUCCAUUUUCUCUCUCUACAAUAAUCUGUUAAUUUCACGCAAAUCUCUCUCUCUAUACCUUUUUCCUUCUUCGUCGGAGCUCUAUUGUAUGGCCGCCAAUUCGAAGACUCGCGCACUUGUUGGAUUCGGGAAGAGAUUCGUCGGUCAGAUCGAAGGUGGAAAGCUUGUUGACACUGCACGAUCAGCUUCUCUAGCUUCUUCUAGGAGGGCAGUACACGGUUCAGUGUACGACAAGAACGUGGACGAUCACGUGCGCCCAUCUGUUGUCCCAGACAAUGUUAUAAAGUCGGAGUCAGAGAAGUAUUGGGGUCCCGAUCCACAAACUGGAGUGUUUGGUCCAUCAAGUGAGAAGUGGCCAUCUAAUGGUGGUAGAAAGGCCACAACUGAGAACAUUGAAGGAAAAGAGGACUCUGUUCUGGAGCAGAAGACGUUCUUUCGUCCUCAAGAGGAUUUGGAGAAACCGAUUCAAGCUUGAUGGAAAAAAACUGGCAUUGGCGUGGUCAUUUGGUGUCCCUGUUUUAUGAUAAUGGAUAAAUAAGGUAUUUUAGUGUGCAAACAAACUAGGAAAUAAAUGUUUGGUUGUUUGUUGGUUUGUUGUUUCAAUUGUGCUACUUAGUGUACUAAGAUGAUAUGCAUGGUUUGGAAUGGAGUUCAUAUGAAUGGCUUGCUUAUGUUUU